AUCAUAGAUUAAUAAUUGACUUAAGCAAAUGCCAUCCAUAUUUCUUCCAAAUUGUAUACGAAAUAUUCUAUUCUAUUCUUAUAAAAAUAGCUUCCAAUUUAAUCUUCAAUCGGGUAUAUUAAUAUUUUAGAAAAGAACUGCAAGGGUAUUCAUAACGUCGGUAUUCCGAUUUUCUUUAGCAACAACAUUUUUUUUCAUACAUUCAAUUUAUAUGAAAUGUCUAUAAAGUUAUUGGACCACCUCCUAACUAACUACUUUAUGCACUCGAGCACGGAAAUUACCAAACUAUAUAAUUAUAUAUUUAAGAAAAAUGUACUUAACGCUUUGAAAACUGACUAAUCCGCGCGCGGACAAUAAUGAAUGUUAUGUAAAAUUGUAUUGUGCGUACUUAACCUAUAACUAAUAAUAUUAAAUUAUAUAAAAUCAUACUUAUAAAGAAGGCAGAUUCUUAAAGCUUAAACAAAAUAAUGUUUAGUUUUUCAUUGAAAUCUGUGUAAAUGAAAUAAUUUGAAAGAUCAAACGGAAAGUAUUUCGUAUGUGGAUAUUGAUUUCAGUUAUAUAUAUACUUUAUAUUGAUGGGCUUUAAAUCGAGACAAAUCGGUAAGGCGCAUGAGGAGAGGUCACUGAGGACACAACAACUGCUGAGUCGAAUACCAGCAUUACAUGGGCAGCCGGGGCGAGAUAAUACAGAUCCAUAUUGGACAGGCGGGAGUGCAGAUAGCCAACGCAUGCUGGGAGCUCUAUUGCCUGGAGCAUGGCAUCCUCUCGAAUGGACGUCUCAUGACCAAGCCCUGCGAUGACUCCUUUCUCACGUUCUUCGAGUUCAGUGGUCAGGAUCCGUGUGUGCAGCCGCGUCUCGUCAUGAUCGAUUCGGAGCCAACGGUCAUAGAUGAGAUUCGCACCGGCGCCUACCGCAAUCUCUUUCAUCCGGACACGCUGAUUUCGGGCAAGGACGACAGCGGCAGCAACUUUGCCCGUGGUUACAAUCUGAUGGCCAGCGAGUUGUUGGAUCGGGCAAUGAAUGCAAUUCGUCGUGUGGCCGAUCGAUGUCGCAGCCUCCGAGGAUUCCUCGUGUUUCGGGCGAUUGGCGGGGGAACGGGUUCCGGCCUGGGCACCCGUAUCAUGGAGAAGCUCGUCGAGGACUUUGGCAAAAAGAUGACAAUCAUAGAGUUUCUGGUUUAUCCAUCUCCUUCCAUUUCUCCGGUUAUUGUUGAGCCCUACAAUGCUCUGCUGGCCACCCACUUCUCCAUGGACUGUGCAGAUGUGUCCUUCAUUGUGGACAACGAGGCACUCUAUGACAUCUGUGCGAACACCUUGAAUGUACCCGCUCCGACCUAUACGAAUCUCAAUCGAAUCCUUGGCCAGGUGGUUGCCUCAUUUACGGCCACACAACGGUUCUCCGGCCAGUCGAAUGUCAGUUUCCAGGAACUGCAGACCAAUCUGGUGCCAUAUCCACGAAUCCAUUAUCCCCUGAUCAACUAUGCUCCACUUGUGCCCAUAACAAACUCCCAGUUCGUCAACAUGAGCACGGCCCAGCUGACGAGCCAAUGCUUCCAGAUGAGCACCCAGAUGGUUCGUUGUAAUCCCGCCCACGGCAAAUACAUGGCCUGCGUCCUCCUUUAUCGUGGCGACAUUGCCCCCAAUGAGAUAAACACGACCCUCGAAAAUAUCAAACGAACAAAGUCCUUCAAAUUUGUCGACUGGUCACCAACUGGCUUCAAGAUCGGGGUGAGCAGCAUGCCCCCCGUUUAUGUGCCCAAGGGGGAUCUGGCGCCGGCGAGUCGGGCUUGUGUGGCCAUCUCGAACAAUACGAACAUAAGGAUCGCCUGGUGUCGCCUGGUUAAUAAGUUCGAUAAGCUCUAUCAGCGACGCGCCUUUGUCUAUCAUUACGUGGGCGAGGGUCUCGAGGAGGGCAACUUUUAUGAGGCAUCCGAGAACAUCUGCCAGCUGGUACACGACUAUCUCGAGGUGGAUGCCACAGCGCCCACCUCGGCACGCGGCUCCGAUCAGGCAGACUAAAACUUAGUCACUGCCACUCAAACUCUGUUCAAAAGUCCUUCAAAUAAAAGCUAAAUUUGAUGUGUGA